AAGAGGCGGGGCGGUCCUCAGCCAGAGCCCAGGUAAUCGGGGCGGGAUCGGGAGGAGCCACGCGUCGCGGCGUGAUGAUGUCAAGGCCGCGCCUGACGUGACGUGCUCGGCGCGCGCAGCUGUUGCUCGGCGUCUAGGUCCCAGUUCUUGAGCUGAGGAAGAGGCGUACUGUGCUUUUGGCAGGGAUGUUGCAGGCUGUUGGCACUGUGGACGAGGAAGAGGAGCAGGCGGAGGAGGAUUGUCCUGAAUUGGUCCCCAUUGAGACGAAGCAAAGAGAGGAGGAGGAAAAGUCUGGCCCCGGCGCUAAGAUCCCAGUCACAAUUAUCACCGGGUAUUUAGGUGCUGGGAAGACGACACUGCUGAACUAUAUUUUGACAGAGCAACAUAGUAAACGAAUAGCAGUUAUUUUGAAUGAAUUUGGGGAAGGAAGUGCAGUGGAAAAAUCCUUAGCUGUGAGCCAAGGUGGAGAGCUCUAUGAAGAAUGGCUGGAACUUAGAAACGGUUGCCUCUGCUGUUCAGUAAAGGACAAUGGCCUUAGAGCUAUUGAGAAUUUGAUGCAGAAGAAGGGGAAAUUUGAUUACAUACUGUUAGAGACCACUGGGUUAGCAGAUCCUGGUGCUGUAGCUUCUAUGUUUUGGGUUGAUGCUGAAUUAGGGGUUGAUAUUUAUCUUGAUGGUAUCAUAACUAUUGUGGAUUCAAAAUAUGGAUUAAAACAUUUAGCAGAAGAAAAACCUGAUGGCCUCAUCAACGAAGCUUCUAGGCAAGUUGCUUUGGCAGAUAUCGUCAUCGUCAAUAAAACAGACUUGGUUUCAGAAGAGGAUUUAAACAAAUUAAGAACAACUAUUAGAUCAAUAAAUGGACUGGGGAGAAUUUUAGAAACACAAAGAUCAAGAGUUGAUCUCUCUAAUGUAUUAGAUCUUCAUGCCUUUGAUAGCCUCUCUGGAAUAAGUUUGCAGAAAAAACUUCAACGUUUGCCAAUAGCACAACCUCACCUUGAUCAGAGUAUUGUUACAGUUACAUUUGAAGUACCAGGAAAUGCAAAGGAAGAAAGUCUAAAUGUAUUUAUUCAGAAUCUUCUGUGGGAAAAGAACGUGAGAAACAAGGAGGAUGACUGCAUGGAGGUCAUACGACUAAAGGGGCUGGUGUCAAUCAAAGACAAGCCACGGCAAGUGAUUGUCCAAGGCGUUCAUGAGCUGUAUGAUCUGGAGGAGACCCCACUGAGCUGGAAAGAUGACACUGAAAGAACCAAUCGAUUGGUUCUUAUUGGCAGGCAUUUAGAUAAGGAUAUCCUUAAACAACUAUUUAUAGCCACUGUGACAGAAACAGAAAAGCAGUGGACAACACACUUCAAAGAAGAUCAAGUUUGUCUAUAAUAUUAGAAGCAUUUCUUAGCAAAAGGAUUGGAUGAUAAUAUGGGCAAUAAGUUUCCUACUGGGU